GGACUAGCUGCCUCAGCGCGGCCCGGAAAACAAAUUUUCAGACUGUACUAUUGCCCCAAUUGCCCCACUAGUCGGGAAACAGUAUUCCUCAAACUCUUCCUCCCUCAAUUUGAAGAAAAUGGUCGCACCCAAAUACGUGGGUUAUUUUGGCUAAUCUCUGCGUGGUCUUCUCUGAUUGGUUAUAAGGAACCACGGUCAAGGCGUCACUUCCGGCGGAAGCGGGCGCGGGAGAUUUGAUUGUGUUGUGCGUUUGGUGAGCCGCUGCGAUCAGCUGACCUGCGUCACUGGAGCGUUCUCUGGAAGAUCGCUGGCAGUCUGCGACGGGUCCCAGUGUAAACACAUGACUAGAAAAUUUCUUCUUGCCUCAGUACUUGCUCUUCAGAAUUUGAGUUUUACGUACCCAUCAUGUCAAAAGUGCUUCUCUCGGAUAAUCCUGGGCUCCAGAAGGUCUAGUUGUCCAAAAUGUGGCUGUACUGGUGAAGUGGAAAAUACAAGUUAUAGAUACAAACUUUCCUUAAAAGUUGCAGAAUCAAACAAAUUAUUUGUCAUUACUGUGUUUGGAAGCUGCUUAGAUGCAUUUUUUGGUCUUACUGCCACUGAUUUGCACAGGUACAUUCAGGAUCCUAAUAAAAUUCCAGAAAUACUACAUAGUGAUACAAUACAGGACCUGUUAACGAAAGCAGUCGAAAAUUGCUUUGUGGGACAAAGCUUUAUUUUUGGAGUUACGAAUUUUGAAAAACAAUAUGGACGUGGUUCAGAUUCCAACUUACAAAGGUGUCAUGACCUUGGAAGAGAAAUCAGAGCACUAGUAGCUUGCCAGAUCAUUCUUCCAGACCCACGUCUUGUAGGCCUUACUGUCAUUGACUAUUUCCAUCAGCUUUUGCAGACUUCCAAUUUAAGGAAACUACACUGUGGCUCCCAGGAACCCAGUAGCCAGUUACUUUCUUUAGAUUGCUCAAAUAGUGAUCUCAGCAGCAUACAUGAUUCUGAGAACACUUCCUAUUUUUUGGAGUCUCCUACAAGAGAUAAUGUUUCAAGAUUUGGGCACCUGUUACUUGAACUCACCUCUGCUGUUUCACAACUAACAGACAAUGAUGAUUUUUCAGCUUCAGAACAAAACGUGGCCAUUGAUACUCUUCUCCAAAAUAGAAAAUGCUUGUCCUUUGCAGAGAUCACUGAUUCCAGUGAUUGCCAUGAUUCCAUUCAGGGCUCGUGGAGCCUUCUUUCAUAUAUGGACAGUAAGAGUACACCAGAGAAGAUGAAUGAAGAGCUCUGCUUACAAGGUAAUCAACUGAAUAUAGUUCACAGCAGUCAUCACAAAACUAGAAUUACUAACUCUAAUUUAUUCCCUUUGAAAAUGCAAGAGCCCCUUCAGUCAAGUAAUAUAGAAUCCUUCCACAAUGCAGUAGAAAUUAAGAAUAGGUAUUCCUCAGAUGAGCUGCCAUGUUACCAGCAUCAUGAUGUAGAUAGCAGUAGCCAUCAAGAGACAUUUGUGUAUUCACCUGCAUCACUCAGACGUGAAGAGGUAGCCAACAUGUCCCAGGAUUUUGACCCUGUCGUUUGGGAUGAUCUUCCAUUAUCUGAAAGCCUAGACAAGUUUCUCGCAGCUGCCGAAAGUGAGAUUGUGAAAACCCCAAGACAUGGCAGGGAUAGGAAACAUGAUAUAGAUAAUGACAUAGAUAAAUUCUGUGCAGACUACACCAGGUUAUCUCUGUCUCCCUGGAGGACUACUGGAACACUACAUACACCACCUGCACCUUUAACACCAUCACAUGCAACAGACAAAGCAAAGUCUACCAAAGAUAACUUCUUUUCCAACUGUGAAGCAAAUCAAGGUUCUGGUAUUCAGGAGUCACAACCUGUUAGCACAGUAGAUGCUGUCUACAUAAGCAGUAAUGGAGCAGCAGAGACUAUGUCUGCAAGCAGUAAUAAAAGAAGUGUUUCAGAAUAUUCUCUACCAAGCACUUGUCUAUCAGCUCUGUUUCUGUCUUCAAAAGAUUUAGAAGCAACUGUUACUCCUAAGAAGACUAUCAAAAUUCUACCACAUAGAGAUAAAAUUUCACGUAUGUCCAGUACUUCAGAAAAUGACCAUUCUUACCUUGGUAUCAAAUAUUUUAGUGCAUGUGGAGACAAAUCACUUUCAGAAGUAAAUAAAAGGUUUAUAACUCUGUGUUCUAAGACAUACAAUGAUAUUUCUGAUCUUUGUAAAUUAGAAAACAAACACUGUAUGUGGCCAAAAAACCAACAUGACAGUUUUACAAUUUGUAGAAAACUUACAUAUCCCUUAGAAACUCUUUGCAGUAGUCCAGGUAUUAGUACAAAUAUAUUGAAAAAAAUGUCGUAUGGACAUGUCAAUAAUAAUUUAAUACAAAGCUCUCCUAGUCAUGAAAGUAACUAUAAUGCUUCUGCUGAUCUCUUUGAUGAUAUUGCUAAAGAUACAGACAUUACAACAGAAAUUACCAAGAAAUCAAAUGACAUUUUGUUACAGUGGGAAGCAUCUUUCACAGAAAAUCAUCUUGAAGAGUCUGGAUUUUCCCUAAAAUCACAUUCUGAAAAUGCUACCCAGUCUUCACAGAAAUUAUCCUUGCAAAGCAUAUCUGCCUUUGGAUAUCCAAAAACAUGUUCUCCUCUGCCUCAUUUUCAGUCAGAUUUGGAAUGUGAUCUUGAAGGUAGUCAAGACUUUGUUCCGUGUUCACAGUCAACUCCAGUUACAGGAUUCCACCAUACAAGAACUCAUGGGAUAUAUGGAAUUUUCAAAAACUCAUCGGUAUUUUAUGCAAAUCUUAAUGCUAAUUAUAAUAAAACACAAAUUUCUCCUGAAAAUGACAAACAGCAAGCCCUUCCAGAUUGUCCACAAAACAUAAAAAUGCAUAGCCGGAAAUCUAGAAGCCCUGUUAUAUCUACUCCUACACAACCAGAGACUUUCAACCACUGUACUAUAGCUGAGUGCUUUGAAACUGGUAUUUAUGAAUUGGUCCCCCCUACCACAACGAAGGUGUUUCGUUCAGAUAUGCUUGAACUCCAAGUCACUGAUUUAAGGAAACGCCUUGCUGCCCGUAAUUCCCCUGACCAGAAAGAGGUACCAAGAAAGAAAUUGAAACAUAUCAAACAAAGAACUCAUACAUGUUUCAUUAAGAAGUUAAAGAAUAUAUUUACAGGAAGAGGUGCAAAACAGAAAACUCCUAAAUAUAACUGUAAAAGUUCAGGCCAGAUUUCUAAAGAGUCAGUUUUUAAAUUGGAUUGUUUUUCAGAGAACCAUCUACCUUCAGUAUCUGAAACAAAAAAUUGUUGGUCACCUGAGUUGUUUUCAUAAAAAAAAAAAUUUACCUGAGCCUAGUUCCUAAACUUUUAAAUAAAGAUAAAUCUCAAAA